AUGCAAGAGAGAGAUGAGAGAACUUUUAGAGAAGUUGUCAAGGGGAUCAAUAUAGUUGAAGGAGGUGGUUCUAUUGCUACAAGGGCUAAGGUUCAGGUUAUGGGUCAGAGUAGCAAGGGUUAUGACAAGACUGCUAUGACAGCCUUUACUCAGUCUUAG